AUGCCACGCACUCAGACCCUGACUGACAAGGGGGUCCCCAAGGACUCAGAGGCCUCCGGCAAGGGCAAAGAAAGGGAAGCAGGAGAGAAAAGUCCCCAAACCCCUGAGGAAAGCAUCCAUCCUGGAACCAAGAUCCCUGUCUCUGAGUCACGGCAUGGCAGCCACGGGCGGAAGAACAGCAAGAAAGGCCCUGGGGACCCCCAUGCUGCUGCUGUCAAGGCAUAUUCACCCUUCCUCAACACUGUCUUCGGCAAGGAGCGGGACCUGUCCCCAGAGGAGCUGGACGAGCUGCUGGAUGCCUUCAAGGAGUUUGACACAGACCAGGAUGGCUUCAUCAGCUACAAGGACCUGGGUGCUUGCAUGCGCACCCUCGGGUACAUGCCCACCGAGAUGGAGCUCAUCGAGAUCUCGCAGCAUAUCAAGAUGAGGAUGGGUGGCCGCGUGGACUUUGAGGACUUUGUGCAGAUGAUGGGUCCAAAGCUGCGGGAGGAGACAGCCCACAUGGUGGGCGUGCGGGAGCUCAAGAUCGCCUUCCGUGAGUUCGAUGUGAACGGGGAUGGGGAGAUCAGCAGCACAGAGAUGCGGGAGGCCAUUGCAGCGCUGCUAGGAGAACAGCUCAAGGCACAGGAGGUGGACGAAAUUCUGCAGGACGUGGACCUCAAUGGGGACGGCCAUGUGGACUUUGAUGAGUUUGUCAUGAUGCUGUCUUCUCGAUAACAAAGCCAUGGGAGAGGAGGGGACCCAGGGCUGAGCCACACCCUUUACACAGUCCUGGUCGGCAGAUCUGGGCAUGUCCCCAUCUCCCCAGAUUCUCCCUGCCUGGUGAGCGUUGAUCAUCGUAGCCUGUCUGGCCAACAUUAGGGUUCAGAGUGAACAAUUGGAGCUGAGCCCAAAUCCAGGAGCCAGAGGCAGGGCAGACAUGAGACCCUCCCCCAUCCCCCACCCCAAUAUCCC